CAGGUGGAGCAUCCCAACUGCAUGCGACUCUUCACCGUCUACGACGAGCCGACGAGAGCCUGUCUGAUCCUGGAGCUGGUGCGAGGAAGCAACAUGAUCGACAGGAUGGAUAAGAUGGGGCUGCCUUACAGCGAGCAGGAAGCGGCGAAGGUGCUGGAGGGCAUCCUAUCGGCCAUGCGCUGUCUUCAUAGCAUGCACAUCACUCACAGAGACCUCAAGCCUGAGAACCUCAUGUACGCGUCUGACGUGGAGGUAUCGAGCCUGUUUGUCUGCGACCUCGGGCUUGCUCAGAUCCUCCGCAGCGGGUCCGAUGUGAUGCACACCGUGUGCGGCACUCCAGGGUUUAUGGCGCCAGAGAUAUGGAGGAGGCAACCCUAUGACAACAAAGCCGACAUGUGGUCUAUCGGU